CCAUCACACACCAGCAAAAAUAUUCCAAAGACGCAAGAAGAGGCUAGAGAGAGCCACAGUCCACAGCACCACGAUCGAUCGAUCUCCAACAACUCCGGCGAUCGGAAGGGAGGAAGAGGAGGAUGCGGAUGAGCUGCAAUGGGUGCCGGGUGCUCCGCAAGGGGUGCGGCGAGGGCUGCACCAUCCGCCCCUGCCUGGAGUGGAUCCGGAGCGCCGACGCGCAGGCCAACGCCACCGUCUUCCUCGCCAAGUUCUACGGCCGCGCCGGGCUGCUCAACCUCCUCGCCGCCGACGGCCCCGGCCUCCGCCCGGCGCUCUUCCGCUCGCUGCUCUACGAGGCGUGCGGCCGCAUGGUCAACCCCGUCUACGGCUCCGUCGGCCUGCUCUGGUCCGGCCAGUGGGAGGCCUGCCAGGCCGCCGUCGAGGCCGUGCUCAAGGGCCGCCCCAUCGUCCGGGUCACCUCCGACGCGCCCCUCGCGGCGUGCGACAUCCGCCACGUCGCCAAGGCCGACCGCCCUGCCGCGUCUCCGGAGGCCGCCGCGGCGGCCGGCACGGUCCUCGGCGUCUCGCGCGCCGGGCGCACCGGGUUCAAGCGCGCGUCCUCCUCCACGGCCAAGCCCAAGUCCAAGAGCUUCUCCGGCGCCAAGCACGACGGUGGGCUCGACCAAGCGCCGAGCCACGAGGAGUCCGCCGGCAGCCACGACCACGGCAGCCACGUUGAAGACGACGGCAUGGCAGUCGAGCAGGCGAGGGAAGAAGAGUCGUCCGAGGGCACCGACGUUGACGCGGGCUCGCACGUGAGCCAAGCAGAGCGCAGCCCCGUGCCGCCGGUGGCCCAGGACGAGGAGGCACAUGACGACGAAAUCGGGCUGGAGCUGACGCUGGGGUUCCAGCAGGUCACCCCGCGCGUGGUGGCGAGGUCGCCGCCGGCAGGGGCACGCUUCGGCGCCAGCAGCUCGAGCGCCGAGUCCCGCCACAUCGGCCUGCUGCUUGAGCUGCCCGUGGCAUAGAGACGCGGCCGGCGACAGUACCGCCCUUGAACUAGCUGAGAAGUCAUCAGUUUUGGGAUCGUGUCAUGCACCUUCGUGGUUUUUGUCUUUUCCCCAUUUUAGAGUAGAGAAUAGUAGUAGAAUCUUGUACCUUGUUCAUCUGCUGAGUGCCUUGUUGUUAGGCCUCUCUGGAUAUAUCUUUCGGUAUAUUACUCAUAGGAAUGACAAUAGCUAUGAUGUACUGAUUUCAA